AUGGAAGGAGUUUUCUUCAACGUGGAUAACGGGUUCAUCGAGGGUGUGGUCCGCGGCUACAGAAAUGGUCUGCUGACCGGGAACCAGUACAUCAACCUGACGCAAUGCGACACGCUGGAGGACUUGAAGCUCCAACUCUCGUCAACCGACUACGGAAACUUCUUGUCCUCUGUGGCCUCGGACGCACUAACGACGUCCAUCAUCCAGGACAAGGCCUCUGCAAAGCUUUACGAGGAGUUUCAGUACAUCCGCGACCAGUCCAGCUCCGUCACCAAGAAGUUCCUUGACUACAUCACGUACGGCUACAUGAUCGACAAUGUUGCGCUCAUGAUUACAGGAACUAUUCACGACCGCGACAAGGCUGAAAUCUUACCUCGUUGUCAUCCGCUCGGCUGGUUCGAUACCUUGCCCACGUUGACCGUGGCCACGGACUUAGAGUCUCUAUACGAGACUGUCCUUGUCGACACGCCUUUGGCGCCUUACUUCCGCGACUGCUUCGACGCGGCUGACGAGCUGGACGAUGUGAACAUCGAAAUUAUUAGAAACAAGCUCUACAAAGCGUACCUUUCUGAUUUCUACGAGUUCGUGUCGACUGAGAUCGAGGAGCCCGCUCGCGAGGUUCUGCAAACGUUUUUGAGUUUUGAGGCGGACAGAAGAGCUAUCAACAUCUCGUUGAACUCCUUGCAAAGUGGAGACUUGAUCAACCCAGACAUGAAGCGCGACCUACUCCCAACCUUUGGUAAACUCUACCCCGUGGGUACUGAACAGCUUGCCUCCAACGGUUCCGACUUCGAAGCUGUGAGAUCCAUUGUCGAGAACGUCUACGAGUACCGUGGAAUUUUUGAGACUGGCAACCUAGAGGACCAUUUCUACAAAAUGGAAAUGGAGCUGUGCAGAGAUGCCUUCACGCAGCAGUUUACCCUCAGUACUAUAUGGGCGUGGAUGAAAUCUAAAGAGCAGGAGGUGAGAAACAUUACGUGGAUAGCCGAGUGCAUUGCGCAAAACCAAAGAGAGAGGGUCAACAACUACAUCUCCGUCUACUGA